AUGUCUCUUCCCGAGGAUUUGUCCGACUCGGACAACGAGAGCGUGGCAUCAACACCUCUGAUGAAGACGAGCACUGUGAAGAAGGAGGUGGCUGCGCCAGAGGCACUUGUGGUGGAGACCGAGCCCAAUGAGCCUGCGGAAGAACCAUCACCAUGUGCCACCGACACCAAGAGCCUGGCGACUUUGAAAGAUCUGGAGGCAGAGCCUGCGAGCGCCUUCGGCACCGAACGGACCUUGUCCACCGGGGAGAUUAGCUCUGCCUCCUCGGAACCCGAGGGUGAAAUGUCCGUGACUGCAACGGGCGGCCCUGUCUAUGACCUCGCGUUCCUCCUGAAGUGCCGAAUGCCCACAGAAGCUCCAGCCAUGUGGUAUCGCACCAUGGAAGUGGAGGAGAAGAUCGAGAAGCCGAAGACGCCUGAGUUGAAGCCAACUCCUUCCAAGGAGAUCCGAAGGAAACCUAAAGCCAAGUUGGAAGUCUCUGAAAACUCUUGGGGAGCACAGCAGAGGCGCUUGAAGAGUGAGGCCAAAGACUCCAAAGAGCAGGUUUCCAGGACCAUCAAAUCCAUCUUGAACAAACUUACCCUGGAGAAGUUCGCCAGUCUGUCUCAGCAACUUCUCGAAUGUGGAAUCUUCUCCUCAGAGCACUUGGUGGUUCUCAUCCACGAGGUCUUUGAGAAGGCGACCACCCAGCAUCAUUUCAUCGACAUGUACGCGGAUCUCUGCGUGCUGUUGCACGAACACUUCACGGCCAAACCGUUGGAUAAGACGUUGACCUUCAAACGUCUGUUGCUGGAUGAAUGCCAAUCCUCCUUCGAGCGUCUCCUUGCGCCGCCUGCCAAUCUCGAUGAGCUUUCGGCCGAGGAGCGCACUGUCGCGGAAGUGAGCUACAAGACGCACAUGUUGGGCAACAUCAAGUUGGUGGGUGGCCUGUUGGCCCGAGGGAUGUUGGCUGCCAAGGUGGGCAUUGCCAUUUUGGAGGAGCUUUUGUCGAAUCCGACACCUGAGGCCUUGGAAUCCGUAGCCGCGCUGCUCACCGCCAUGGGCUCCAGUGCGGAUCGCCCCGACUGGCCGCAGAAGAAAGCCUUGAAUUUGAUCUUUGAUCAACUGGCUGCGAUCGUGAAGAGCAAAAGCUGCCAGACCCGCGAGCGCUGCUUGCUGAAGGAUUUGCUUGACUUGCGUCACAACGGAUGGGUGGACAAGCGCCCGAAGAAGUUGGAGAGAGCCAUGACACUCGCUCAGGUGGCGGAAGGUCCCGGACGCAGCGGUCCGGCGACACCCAAGAUGGUGCGCAGAGUGACCACUUUCGAUCAGGAGAAGUUCCGCCAGGCGCUGCGUUCGCUGCUGAAGCAGCUGGACAGCGAGGAUUUGGCGGGUGCCAUGGAGCGCCUGAGAGCCAUCGGGACGCCACCGGCCUCCAAACAAGCCAUGGAACUGGCGGAGUUCCUGAGCCAAGUGGUCCAGGAGGCCGCUUCAAAGCGUGACGCUGGCUUCAAAGCUUUCUUGAAGGUUGCAGGUGAGUGGCAUUCGGAGGCGUUGGCUCAGGGCGUGAAGAUCUUCGUGACCGAGAUGGCUGCGGAUCUGGCCCUGGACGUGCCCAAUCUCUCCCAGAUCCUGGAGGAAUUCUACAAGAUCCUGGUUGCUGCUGGUAUCUCUUCCGCUGCCGAGCAGGCUGUGAAAGGAUUUCAGGCAAACUAGAUACGCGCUAUCGCCGCGCGACUUAUCGCCGUAGCAUCUGGGGGCGUGCAUCUCCGCACCAGUGCUACGGAGGCUGUCAGUCCAGUUGGGACUGUCCCCUUAUAUCCUGGAGAGCGGCUUCCGCAGAAAGGCAGUGCAGUCACUGUCCAAUUGCUCGGGCGGUGAACCACGAACUGGCUGAAAUGGAAUCAUUACCUUCUGUCUACAACAUGGUCCAUUGCUCGGAACUCAUCAUCCG